AUGACUGAUCCAGUUGAAAUCGUCGAUUCAAGCGAUGAUGACGACGGUGCAAUACAUCAAACCAAACUGGAACCGUUAGAGACCAUAUUUGAUAGUCAGUACGAUGCAACUGGCAUAACAUCUGAAUUUAAGGUGAGAAGUGACGAUGAUGGAAGCUACAAUGAAAUGCUAGAGUCCAAUGGUGUUGGCAAUCAAAAAGAUGAUUCGCAAAGCAAAGAUGUAGAAACGGACACAUCAUUGAAUGUGGAGGAAACAGAACUGGAUAACGAAGUAACAGCAAUGCAAAGCUACAGAACAAAAAGAUCAAUCCGAUAUCAAAGUGAAGAAGCCAAAUCGGGUGCAACUCAAUCAUUGGGAAAUAAAAAUCCAAACAAGUUGACAAUGAUGAAGCGAUUCAGAUGUCGACUUUGUGAAUAUUCCAGCAAUCAUAUGGGAACGUACAACCGUCACAUUCGUACUCACACCGGCGAGAAACCAUAUCAAUGUGAUAUUUGUCGCAAAGAAUUCCCAAGAAUGGAUACCUUGAAGAACCAUAAAUUCACUCACACCAAACAAAACCCGUUCCAUUGCCGUGGCUGCCGCCAAGGAUUUUCUGAGAAAGCCAAAAAGGAUGCCCACGAAAAAGUGUGCAACAUGCGUCGAUAUGAAUGCCAUAUCUGCAAGAAGUUUGUUACUUUCAAUAAAACUAAGCUUAAAGAUCAUAUGCGUAUGGAAACGGAGAUGAAAAUGGUAGCAAUGGACUGGAAAGAAGAGAUGUUUAACAUGCUUGCUGUGUUCGAGCACCAGGCUGUUAAGUCUUUGGCCAUUAUAAAAUCGGCGCUAAAUCGCAAUGGUUUUGCAUUAGAUCCAACGUUCAAGCAGUACUUUUUACACGCUUCAAAUACACGGUUAGUGGAAGCGUACAAUCGAUUUGAAAUCGAUUCACAACUCGAAGGCAAGUUUGAUUUCAUUGAAAUUGAUGAUUCAACCGACGAAGAAAGCCCAAACGAGGCAACCAGAUACAACACAAACACUUUGACUCAAUUAAGUCGUGAAGAGGGUGCCACUGAUUUUAUUCCGAGAUAUCAAUCGAUUCAACAGAAGAGAAAUGUCAAAAUGAUCAGAAAUGGUAUCAAAACUCGUGUCGGUUCGACCACAAUCAAGAGACGACACAUAAAUCCAGAAAUUAACGAUCACCAAAAUGAAUUAAUUACAUUUCAUGACGUUGGCGACCAUGAUCCCACCGUCUUACAAACUAACCAACAUGGAACCGUGAAGAAUUCUGAUAGCAAUACCGGAUUGAAGAUAGCGGAUUACCCAAAGAUCAGAUUAAAUGAUGAAAAUCGCGAUGAUGCAACUAACUCAACGGCUCGCUCUGGUGAUGCAAUUCUACCAAUCAAUGGGAAUACGAAGAAAGCGUCGAAGAUUGUUCUUCCCGGUAAGGGACUGGUACCGAAAAAAUUCAAAUGUGUUGAUUGUGGAUAUUCCACUAAUCAAAAAGGAAACUUCAAGACACACACGCGUACGCACACCGGUGAGAAGCCAUAUCAGUGUGAUGUAUGCCGUAAAGAAUUCACAAACAAAAGAUCCCUGAAGAGGCACAACGCGACUCACAUCAACGAAUAUCCAUUCCAUUGCCGUUGCUGUUUCAGUGGAUUUUCGCAGAAGGUCGUCAAAGAUGCACAUGAAAAAGUGUGCAAAAUGUUUCGAUAUGAAUGCCAUAUCUGCAAAAAGUAUGUCACAUUGCAAAAAAAUUUAUUGGAAGCGCAUAUGCGAAAGCACAAUGGUGACAAACCGUUCAGAUGCGAGCUUUGUAUGAAGAGUUUUACGUCGAAAGCGUAUCUGAAGAAACAUUUGAACACCAUCCAUAACAGAAGCAAUGUUUAA